GGAGUGCGCAUUAGAAGGAAUAAACGACAUGUGUAUCGGAGAUUUUGAUUUCGGAUUUCUUUUCGGAGAACAAGAAGAAGUUCUUAAAACUGAGCCACCCUCAGAAACCCCCGAACCACAGGGGAGGUUUGCAAGACCUAUAACCGAUAAGGAAAUAAAGCUUCUCAUGGAGGAUCAGGAGUGUAAGAAUACCAAAUCAAACACGAGGUGGGCAUUAGGCGUUUGGAGAAAGUGGCGGGAGGAGAGAAAUAAACUUUCGUCGAAUACCGGUGAGUUUAUUCCAGAAUUUUCUGCAAUGGACGCUACUUGUAUGGACUAUUGGUUGCAAAGAUUUGUCGUUGAGGUUCGCAAUCAAAAGGGGAAUGAAUACACGCCCAAAUCGUUAUAUUAUCUUAUGUGUGGUUUGCUGCGACAUUUGCGUGAUAUUGAAAUAUUUGGAAUGAACUUUCUUGACCAUAAUGACAAUAGAUUUGCACGGACACGUAAAGUACUCGACGCCCGAAUGAAAAGCCUCGUAGCCCAGGGGAUAGGAACGACUGUGCGACAGGCCGACCCAAUACUGCCAGAACAAGAAGAUAUUCUAUGGGAAAAAGGUGUGCUGGGGCAAAAUUCCGCCAUUUCCUUACAAAACAGUUUUCUUCUAUGCCUGUAAAGUGUUUGGGCUUCGUGGAUGUGAUGAACAUCGUCAGCUCAUGUGCGAACAGUUCAAACUUGGGUCUGACGCACAGGGGAAAUUCAUUCAGUUUGUGGGCAGACAGAACAAGACGUACCAGGGAGGACUACGUCAAAUGCAACUGAGCAACAAAAACAUAAAGCAUUACUGUCAGCCAGGGGAUCGAAGUCUUUAUGGAAUUUUCGAUUUGUAUCUGACAACAUUGGGCAACAAUGGACUCUUUUACCGAAAGCCUUUACCUGGUCCCGAGAUCCGAUAUGGUACUCAAGCACUUGGAAUUAACAAGCUCAAGUCGAUGAUGAAGGAAAUGUGCGCGGCUGGUUGUUUAACAGGCAGCUUUACAAACCUCUCUGGUAAGAGAACCUGCGCAACUCAGAUGUACUUGUCCGGAAUUGAUGAGCAAGAUAUAAUGACUCGUACAGGUCAUCGUUCGGAGAAAGUUGUCCGAAAGUACAAGAGAUCGUCUGAUAAAAUACUUGAAACAGUUCCGUAUUGGAACCGCCCGCACCAAAGAAGAGCAAAGUUGUGUAUAAAAGUGAUACAUGAAGGUUCUCAGAAUUUGAUGAUUUUCCACACAUAG